AUGAGGAGCUGGGCGUAUGCCUUCUUCCUCCUGGUGUUGUCCGCAUGGACGGCACAGGCCUUGGAGGUCAAGCUAGACGAAACCGAAGAGAACCGGCAACGAUGCGCGGGCAUGUACAGUAAAGAGACAUGGACUGGCCCGGUCAAUCCCUUCAUCAGUGUCAAGUUUACAGACUUCGGCUCCGACGCUGGCGACGAUCCCAUUGUCAGUCUCCUUAUCUUCGAAUGGCAGGACUCGGACCUUGUCGGUGUCCUUCCUGAGGGCGCCGACCGUAGGGUUGGCAUCUGCGAGCCCAAGUAUGUCGACGCCGGAUACUGCAACACCACCAACGUGGGCGAGUACAUCCUCGCACCCAACGCCGCUGCGCUAUCCAAGAACAUUGUCUUCACCGACGCCAUCCAUCUCAAGAAAUCGGCCCCAGUCAAGUACCAGAUCAAGAACACUGGCUACUACUGCGUGCUUACGGACAAGUAUACGGCCGAUAAGUACGAGGCGCUUGUCGAGUUCCGGAACGCCUAUGGAGAGCUCCCUGCUACACAGAUCCCCAAGCUGCCAUUCUAUGGCGGCAUCACUAUCUUGUACGCCUUGGUGUUGGCAUUCUGGGGUUUCCUGUACUUCCAGCACCGUUCGGAUAUCUUGGCUGUGCAGAAUUACAUUACAGCUAUUCUUAUCUUCCUCGUCGUUGAAAUGCUGAUGACAUGGGGUUUCUACGACUUCCUCAACCGCCACGGCUCGAACCUCGGCUCCCGCGUACUACUCAUUGUGGUGGCCAUUCUUAAUGCCGCUCGCAACUCAUUCUCCUUCUUCCUCCUCCUUAUCGUGUGCAUGGGCUACGGCGUCGUCAAGCACACACUCGGCCGCACCAUGAUCUACGUCCGCUGGCUCGCCAUUGCCCACUUCGUCUUCGGUAUCGUCUACGCCAUGACGGGUCUUCUUGUCAACCCAGACAGCGCCGGCCCCUUCGUUCUACUCAUAAUCCUCCCUCUGGCGGGUACCUUGACGGCCUUUUAUGUAUGGACGCUCAAUUCGCUUAGCUGGACCCUCAAGGACCUCAAGGAACGCAAGCAGCACGUCAAGGAGGGCAUGUACAAGAAGCUGUGGUGGUGCAUCCUCAUCUCCAUCCUCGUCAUCUUUGGCUUCUUCUUCUGGAACAGCUUCGAGUUUUCUCAAGCCAGCGAUCCUGGUUACGUUCCCUUCCACUGGAAGAGCAGAUGGUUCAUCCUUGACGGCUGGCCGAACCUUGUCUAUUUUGCCGAUGUCGCUUUCAUUGCCUACGUGUGGCGCCCGACAGCGAACAACAAGCGAUUUGCCAUGAGUGACGAGAUUGCUCAGGAUGACGACGGCACUAUCGAAUUUUCGAACUUGGAUAUCGGUGCGCCGGAUGAUAGUGAUGACGAAGAGGCCCAGGUUGGCAUGAAGGGAAGGAAGAACCAGAAUGAAAAUGCGGGCUUGGGUUCGGGUGCUGGAGCUAGUCUGCAGCCCCAGUCACGAAACCUAGCAGGACCAAGCAGCUCCUCCCAGCAGCAGCAGCAGCAGCAACAACAACAACAACAGAGGAGACCUAGCCCUCAUCGGGACUCCAUGGAUGGGGAGACUAUCUUUGCGGUCGGUGAGGAUGGCGAUAAGUUCUCGUCUGACGAGGAUAGUGACGAGGAGGGCAAUCUGGUGAGAGCCAAGAAGUAA